CCCUGGUCCGACGCGUUUAGGAGUAAUUGCAGAGAAAAUUCCAGGUCGGUAAUUUGAGCGAAAUGGGUGGGCAGGGGAUAUGGCACGCCAUUAACUUCCAGCGUCUUUGGUGGAGACUUCAGUGAUUAGAGAGAGGAUCUGAGCAGCCAACUUCCCUUCCUGGCAGUCGCAGCCCGUCGAGUGAUUCAUGUAAAUCACUGCUGGAAAGCAACAGGAGAACGUCAUUCUCAGCUGAGACUGAGAUACUGCAGCAGCGAUGUCACAGCUGUAUUACAAGAAAGCUGACAACUCCUCAUACAGGGACCGCAUCCCUCUCCGGAUUGUGCGGGCAGAAUCUGAACUGUCUCCCAUGGAGAGGGCCUACCUGGGGGCUGUUGAGAAGGGCGACUAUGCGAGUGUGAAGCAAGCCCUGGAGGAGGCUGAGAUCUACUUCAGGAUCAACAUCAACUGCAUUGACCCACUGGGACGCACAGCCCUGCUGAUUGCCAUUGAGAACGAGAACCUAGAGAUCAUUGAACUGCUGCUCAGCUAUAAUGCACAUGUGGGUGAUGCCCUGCUGCACGCCAUCCGCAAAGAAGUAGUGGGGGCUGUGGAGCUGCUGCUCAACCACAAGAAGCCACGUGGAGAGAAACAGGUUCCACCAAUUCUACUGGACAAACAGUUUUCAGACUUCACCCCAGACAUUACUCCAAUCAUCCUUGCAGCUCACACCAACAACUAUGAAAUCAUCAAACUGCUCGUGCAGCGAGGUGUUUCUAUACCUCAGCCUCAUGCAGUGCGUUGCAACUGUGUGGAGUGUGUGUCCAGCUCCGACGUGGACAGCCUACGUCACUCACGUUCUCGUCUUAACAUCUACAAGGCCCUCGCCAGCCCAUCUCUCAUCGCCCUCUCCAGUGAGGACCCUUUCCUUACUGCUUUUCAGCUAAGCUGGGAACUGAAGGAGCUCAGCAGAGUGGAGAAUGAGUUCAAGUCAGAAUACGAGGAGCUGUCACGGCAUGGUAAACAAUUUGCAAAGGACCUCUUGGACCAAACUCGAAGCUCGAAGGAGCUGGAGAUAAUCCUCAACUACCGUGAUGACAUCAACCCACUGCUGGAUGAGAGCAUGAAUGAUCUGGCCCGACUGAAGCGCAUCAAAUAUUGUCAGAAAGAGUUUGUUGCUCAGCCGAACUGCCAACAGCUGCUAGCGUCUCUGUAUGAUGAAUUCCCUGGCUGGAGGAGACGUCACUGGGCAGUAAAGCUCAUCACUUGUAUCUUCAUAGGCCUCCUCUUUCCACUGUUAUCCAUCCUCUACCUGAUCUCUCCAAAGAAUCGCUAUGGCUUAUUCAUCCGGAAGCCCUUCAUCAAGUUCAUCUGUCACACUGCUUCUUACUUGACCUUCCUCUUCCUGCUGUUCUUGGCUUCGCAGCAUAUUGCUCCUGCAAAACGAAACCUUCAAGGCCACCACCCACCACUGUGGAAUGGAUGAUCUUGCCUUGGGUGCUGGUAACAGUGCACACACACAUACACACACAUACACACAAGAGACUGCUGUUAAUUCUCCUGUUAGCAUUCACUGUUAUGUAUUGUCAGUA